UUGACUGGCUAAAAAAAAAAAUGAAAAAAAAAAAAAAAGCUUUCCAAAGUUACUUUGGCUUCCAUUGUCUCAUAACCACCUUUUACCCAUUUUACAGAAGAGGAAACCUAAGCUUUGAGAUUCAAUCCACAUUGCCAGCCAGAGUCUCUUGUCCCUCUUGUCCCUCUGAUUUUAUAAAUAUCCCUUUUCCCAACAUCCUCGGUGGCCCACAAGAGAGGGGAGAGGCCACGGCUGAGAAGACACUCCCCACCGACACCCAGCUACCCACCUUGCUGCUGCCACCUCCACCAGCCCCAGGCAGCAAAGGAGGGGAAGGGGGAGGGUGAUGAAAGAGGCCUUUGUGUCCCUUGCUGGAAAUCUCACACCCAGGAAGAGAGGUGGGCAGGGAUGGUGGGAAGCCUGGCUAGCAUGCGUUUGGGGCAUCGAUACAGAAGGAGCUUCUUUCUAGGCUUGGCCCACCUGCCAAGCACGGAAAGAGCUUUCCUUAUCGCUCUGCUCUUUCACGUCAUGGCUUGGGCUGCAGCAGGGGCCUGGGCCCUGAGGUCACAGAGCAGAUGGUCCCAAAUGGAGCACAGGAUGUGUGUUGUGUGCGGUCAUAGGCUUAGGGCCCAGGUGGUGUUGUGGGGAGAAAUAGUACACUGUAGGGACUCGGAGCCCUCAAUUUCCUUGUUUGGCAUGAAGCCUGACUCCUGGCUGAGGAGGGGAAUGGGGGAGUCCCAGCAUGGAUGUGAAGAAGCAUGAGCCCCCUUCCCUCCUCCUCCUCCUCCUCCUCCCUUGCAGGAGUAGCCUCGGUCAGCCUCCAACUCAGGACCCAGCUCCCCCCUGCUCAGUUCUGAUUCCACUGUGAUCUGAAUUAGGCCUCUUCACCUCUCCAAGCCUCAGCUUCCACAUCUAUAAAAUGGCUAUGAGUAGGUUCAGUAUGUGCCAUCCUCCCAUGUUUGUGGGGACCAAGAGGGGUUAAAACACAUGAAUGUUUUGUAGGGCGUAAUUUAUGGUCGGUUUACUGGGAUUAUUUCUUCUGGAGCUGCAGAAGUUGGUGGGGUCUUAAGACCUGGCCUCUCUUUGGAAAAGUCAACUUCCUCUGUUCCCAACCUGGGAAACUAUUACCUCAAUGAGGGUGGGAAUUGCCUUAAGACCUUGUCCCACCCCCUGUGCCUUGCCCUGAGAGGAAAGGGUAGGGGCCUAAGGAAUGUGAUAGGCUGCUAAGAGACACAAACCAGAUUUACACCCUCUGCCUCCUGCAUGCUUCACGCUCCCCAGAUCCCCUUCCCCUCAGCUCUAGGGUUAUGCCCUUGGGUGGGCAGGGUCUAACCCUCUGGAAAUUUGGGUAGCAGAAGAGGCAGCUGCUACUCCCACAACUCUUAGCUCUUCUUCCCCAGUUCUCUGCUAAGUCUGUGGGGUGCGGAGGGAGUUCCAGGCUCUUUUCUUGGCCUUGCUGGGCACCCUGAGGCCACCUGGCCCAGAGACUGCCCCCAGGGGUGGCCCUAGCCCUGGUGGCAGGCAGGCAAGGGUUAAAAGGUAUGGGCCGCCCAGUUCUUGGCCAGGUAGGUUGGGCCAUUACCUAGUGGGAUGUGGCCAAGGCAUCUGCCACUGCUGCUCACUGCCACUACCAGCCGAGCCAGGGCCUGGUUGAGACAACUAUUUUUCCGAGGUACCUGAGGCUGCCCCCAGCACUGUCUGGUAUUGGCAAGACUUCUGGCUGUGGCCCAUGGGCCUCUGAGGAGGCGUUGUAAGUCCGCCCAGCUCCCCACUUGCUGUGCUUCCACUCAAUGGGAAGGGAACCAAGGUACCAGGGCCAAGGGGGUCCAGACUUCCACACACAUUCUGAGAGGGAAGAUCUGGUAGGUGGGUGGGGCCUAGGGUACCCCUUAUUCCUAGCUGGGGCGUGGGAAGCUGGGAAGGCCUAGGGAUUGGGGUGUCACGGGAUGUGCUUUGUUAAUGGCUUCUGUGUGUCACUGCCAGAUCGUCUCCAGCCACCAGCCACAGCCUCUCGACAGCACCAAGAUGGAAGUCAAAGCUGCCCUGUUCGGAGAGGCUGCCCCCCAGGUGAAGUCAGAGCGUCUACGGGGACUGCUUGACCGGCAGCGAGCCCUGCAGGAGGCCCUGAGCCUGAAACUUCAGGAGCUUCGCAAAGUGUGUCUUCAGGAGGCGGAGCUAACUGGCCAGCUGCCCCCCGAGUGCCCGCUAGAGCCUGGUGAACGACCCCAGUUGGUCCGACGACGGCCUCCUGCAGCCCGUGCCUACCCUCCACCACAUCCCAACCCAGCACACCACUCCUUGUGCCCUGCUGAGGAGCUGGCUCUUGACGCCCUAGAGCGCGAGGUGUCAGUGCAGCAGCAGAUCACAGCAGCUGCCCGCCGCCUGGCCCUGGCCCCUGAGCUGAGCGCUGAGCAGCGCCGGCGCCGGCGCCAGGUCCAGGCAGAUGCACUGCGGAGGCUGCAUGAACUGGAGGAGCAGCUUGGGGACGUCCGGGCCUACCUUGGCCUCCCAGUGCUUCCGCCGCCCCAGCCACUGCCACUGUCCACGGGGGCAGUGAUCACCACGCAGGGAGUCUGCCUGGGCAUGCGCCUCGCUCAGCUCAGCCAAGAGGAUGUAGUUCUGCACUCGGAGAGCAGUUCCCUCUCAGAGUCUGGAGCCAGCCAUGACAAUGAGGAACCCCGUGGCUGCUUCUCUCUGGCUGAACGCCCCUCACCACCCAAAGCCUGGGACCAGCUUCGGGCAGUAUCUGGGGGGAGCCCUGAGCGGCGAACCCCAUGGAAACCACCCCCGUCAGAUCUUUAUGGGGAUCUGAAGAGCCGGCGGAACUCUGUGGCCAGCGCCACCAGCCCCACACGCUCGCUGCCCAGGAGUGCCUCCAGUUUUGAGGGGCGAAGUGUGCCUGCCACCCCUGUCCUCACUCGGGGUGCUGGCCCCCAGCUCUGCAAACCCGAAGGCCUCCAUUCUCGCCAGUGGUCUGGCAGCCAGGAUUCCCAGAUGGGCUUCCCCCGUGUGGACCCUGUCUCCGAUCGGGCCUCCCUCUUCGCAGCUCGCACUCGACGCAGCAACAGCUCUGAGGCCCUGCUAGUGGACCGGGCAGGUGGUGGGGGAGCCGGCUCCCCGCCUGCCCCUCUGGCUCCCCCUGCUGCCGGCCCCCCGGUCUGUAAGAGCAGCGAGGUGCUGUAUGAGCACCCCCAGCCAACCCUUGCCUUCUCUUCCCGCACAGCUGGCCCCCCAGACCCUCCCCGGGCCGCCCGGCCUAGCUCAGCUGCCCCUGCCUCCCGAGGGGCCCCUCGGCUCCCACCUGUAUGUGGGGACUUCCUCUUGGACUAUUCCCUGGACCGGGGCCUGCCCCGCGGUGGCAGUGGGGCAGGCUGGGGGGAGCUGCUGCCUGCAGCUGAGGUCCCAGGACCCCUUUCCCGCCGGGAUGGGCUCCUUGCCAUGCUCCCCGGCCCACCACCUAUGUAUGCAGCUGACGGCAGCAGCCCCCUCCUCCGCAGCAAGGACCCCCACACCCGUGCCACCCGCACCAAGCCCUGUGGCCUGCCCCCAGAGGCUGCAGAGGGUCCGGAGGUGCAUCCAAACCCUAUGCUGUGGAUGCCCCCACCCACCCGUAUCCCCCUGGCUGGUGAACGCAGUGGCCACAAGAACCUUGCCCUGGAGGGGCUGAGGGACUGGUACAUCCGGAACUCCGGACUGGCCGUGGGGCCCCAGCGCCGGCCUGUGCUCCCCCACAAGGGCCCACCACACCCACCCUUCCUCCAUACCCGCUGCUAUGAGGUGGGCCAGGCGCUCUACGGGGCCCCCAGCCAGGCGCCGCUCCCACACUCGAGGAGUUUCACGGCGCCCCCUGUCUCCGGCAGAUACUACGCGGACUUCCUGUACCCCCAAGAGCUGAGCGCUCCUUUAAGUGAGCUGACGCUCGAGGGAGAGCAGUCCUCCAGUUCUGACCCCCAGACCCCGGGGACACUGGUCUGACCCCUCUGAUGUGCCCCUUGUUGGCCUGGGCAUGACUCCAGUCUGGGGAGCACACAGCUGACCUCGCUGAGCCCUGGGGUGUGGUUGCUCUCAGUCCUGGGUGGGCACCAACCUAAUCUUCCAAGGCCCCUGGCUCCCUGUGGGCCCAAGAAGGUGUCUGACACCCUGCUUCUCCUCUUACACUGUGCUGGGGACGGGUGGGGGGGGCUCAGCCAGCUUAAAAGAAGGGGAUGAUGUCAAGGGGACUCUAAGCCCCUUCCUCCAUUUCUGUUUACAGUUGUGAUUUAGGUAUUUGCUGUCUUCCCCCAACACUAGGCAUUUUAUAAAAGGGAAACUGUGACCUUGUCCUGGUUGGGUUCAUUCCUGUUCCCAUGCCCAGCCUGUUCCAUUCAGAACCACCCCCUGCCAAAUGGACCAUGUAGGGUCUCAGGGCCCUAUUUGGGGCAGCCAGGAGACUCCAGUGUGAACAGAACUCCUUGCCACCCCUACCAGGGAAGUUCUGGAGAAGGAGGGCUCUCUGCCCACAUUUGGAAGGAUUGCAGUCUGGGUGGGAUGCCUGAAGGAGCCCAUCCCCAUCUGUGCUUAUGGCCUCUACCCUGACCAUCCCCAGUCAGGAGGUCCCACAGUAGGGGCAAAGGGCAGAGCCAUUGGGUGUGUUGUGUCCUGGGAUGCUGCAGAGGUUGAACCUGGCAUCUGGUAGAUGCCAAUAGAAUCCUCAGGUGAUGUCUGGCCACAGGCCACAGGCCACGUCACAUCUUCUUUGGCUUUCCUUCCAUUUACCACUUAAACCAAUCCACACAAGCUGUGUUUUCUAUAAUACUUAUCUGUGACUUUCUGGAGCUGGGGGUUCCCCUGCCCCCCUUACCUGGUGUUAAACUUUUCUUUUUGUACCAGUGGAUCUGGGCCCAAGACACUACCCACACUGGAAGGGGAUUUCUAUAAUAAAUAUGUAAAGUGAACUCA